AUGGUUCAUCUUGGUCCUAAACCUCCACAGCAUAGGAAAGGGACAUUUACUGAUGUUUCUCCUGCAUUGAUGUCGACGUUGAAGGAGUUGGAGUCUCAGUUCACUGUUUCUGGCGAAACUUUGAGGAAAAUUGUUGAUCACUUUAUUACCGAAUUAGAUAAAGGAUUAUCCAAAAAAGGUGGUAAUAUUCCAAUGAUUCCAGGUUGGGUUAUGGAUUUCCCAACCGGUAAGGAGACUGGUGAUUAUUUAGCCAUUGAUUUGGGUGGAACUAAUUUAAGAGUUGUUUUAGUCAGAUUGGGAGGCAAUAGAGAUUUUGAUACUACUCAGUCGAAAUUCGCAUUGCCCUCCCAUAUGAGAACUGCAACAAGUGAAGAGUUGUGGUCAUUUAUUGCCGAUUGCUUGAAAAAGUUCUAUGAUGAGGAGUUCCCUGAUGGAGUUAAAGAACCAUUACCCUUGGGCUUUACAUUUAGUUAUCCUGCUAGUCAAGAUCGUAUUUCACAAGCUGUUUUGCAAAGAUGGACAAAAGGUUGGUCAAUUGACGGUGUUGAAGGCAAAGACGUUGUUCCCAUGUUACAAAGUGCUAUUGAGAAAGUCGGCGUGCCUAUAGAGCUUGUAGCUGUUAUUAACGAUACAACAGGAACAUUGGUUGCAUCAAGCUAUUGUGACCCUGAGGCCAAAUUGGGGUUGAUUUUUGGAACGGGUGUCAAUGGUGCAUAUUUCGAUGUUGUUGGCGAUAUUCCCAAAUUAGAAGGCAAAACUGCAGAAGAUGUUACGCCAGAUACUCCAAUGGCCAUCAAUUGUGAAUAUGGUUCAUUUGAUAAUGAAAAGGUGAUUUUACCAAGAAACAAGUACGAUAUCAUAAUUGAUGAAGAGUCUCCAAGACCAGGUCAGCAGACGUUUGAAAAAAUGAAUUCUGGCUAUUAUUUGGGUGAACUCUUGAGAUUGAUACUUGUUGAGUUGGCCGAGAAUAAGAAGUUGAUAUUUCAAAAUCAAGAUUUGACCAAAUUGAAGCAGCCAUUUGUUCUUGACACUUCGUUCCCAGCAAGAAUUGAAGAAGAUCCAUUUGAAAAUUUGUCUGAUGUGCAAGAAUUGUUUUACGAUUAUUUGAAAAUUGAAACCACUGUACCUGAACGUAAAGUAAUCCGCCGUAUUUCAGAGAUGAUUGGUGAGAGAUCGGCAAGGUUGUCUGUUUGUGGUAUUGCAGCAAUCUGUAAAAAGAGAGGAUACAAAACUGCUCAUUGUGCAGCUGACGGUUCUGUUUACCAAAAGUAUCCUGGUUUCAAAGCUAGAGCGGCAAAGAGUUUGAGAGAUAUUUUUGAAUGGCCAGCCGAUUUAGAAGAUCCGAUAAUUAUUGUACCAGCAGAAGAUGGAAGUGGAGUCGGUGCAGCUAUUAUCGCUGCUUUGACAAAGAAAAGAUUGAAGGAAGGAAAAUCAGUUGGUAUAAAAGCAUAA